CCUCGUGAUAGCUUUGAUACCAUCUUCCAAUUCUCUUCUUACAAAACCUCACGAAGUCACAUUCUCACUCACAGACAGUGCUCUCUCUCUCUCUCUCUCUCUCCCCACUGCAGAUGGGUUCUCGCCGGAAAACCGAUUCUGGUUUCGCUUCUAACCCGUUUCACCGACAAUCUUGAACUAAACGAGAAAAAACCCGGUUUCUUCUUUAUUCAGUUUUCUCCUCGGUUUGUCCUUUACUGCCUGCGAGUAACCUACAAUGGCGGCCGUUCCCGGGUACCGUUUCGCGGUUUGGGGCUUUCUCUGGGUUCUUCUGCUGACUCAGCGAGUGAACUCGGAGCCUACUGAGGACAAGCAAGCGCUCCUAGCCUUCCUGCGGCAAAUCCCUCACGAGAAACGUCUUCAGUGGAACGAGUCCGACUCGGCCUGCAACUGGGUCGGCGUCGAGUGUGACGCGAGAAACUCCUCUGUCUACUCGCUUCGAUUACCCGGUGUCGGGUUGGUGGGUCGGAUCCCUACCGGGUCGCUCGGCCGUCUUAGCCAGCUCCGGGUGCUCAGUCUCCGAGCAAAUCGUCUUUCCGGCGAGAUCCCGGAGGAUUUCACUAACCUCACUCACCUCCGAAGCUUGUACUUGCAGAAUAACGAAUUUUCCGGCGCAUUUCCAGCGAGUAUUACUCGGUUGACUCGGCUGACUCGGCUCGAUAUCUCGUUUAACAACUUCACUGGGCACGUUCCUUUCGCGAUUAACAACCUCACUCACUUGACGGGGCUUUUCCUGGAAAAUAACCGAUUUUCUGGGAAUCUUCCGAGCAUCACCGUAGAUUUGGACGGCUUCAAUGUCUCCAACAACAACCUCAACGGCUCGAUCCCGUCGUCACUAUCCAAAUUCCCAGCCUCCUCGUUCGCCGGAAACCUAGAUCUCUGCGGUGGACCAUUAAAACCCUGCAACCCUUUCUUCGUCUCUCCAUCGCCUUCCCCGUCACUUGCUCCGCCGUCGAAUGUAUCCCGGAAAAAGUCAGGCAAGCUCUCCACGGCGGCGAUUGUAGCGAUCGCCGUCGGAAGCUCUCUCGGCGGUCUUCUCCUUCUUGCUCUCUUACUCCUCCUCUGCCUCAGAAACCGCCGUCGGGGAGCCGAAGAUCGAUCGAAACAGAGGAGACCCACGACGGCGACGGCGACGGCGGAGCCUCCGCCAGGGACAUCUUCGUCGAAGGAGGAAGCGGCGGGGACUUCGUCGGGACUCGGCGGCGAAGCAGAGAGGAACAAGCUCGUGUUCAUGGCGGGAGGAAUUUACAGCUUCGAUUUGGAGGAUCUACUGAGAGCUUCUGCAGAAGUUUUGGGGAAAGGAAGCGUUGGGACGUCGUAUAAGGCAGUGCUCGAGGAGGGCACGACAGUGGUGGUGAAGAGGUUGAAAGAUGUGACGGCGGCGAAGAAGGAGUUCGAAGCUCAGAUGGAUCUUGUCGGGAAAAUCAGUCACCCCAAUGUGCUUCCGUUGAGGGCUUAUUACUACUCCAAGGAUGAGAAGCUUCUUGUCUUCGAUUUCUUACCCACCGGAAGCUUGUCGGCUCUUCUUCACGGAAGCCGAGGAUCCGGGCGGACGCCGCUAGAUUGGGACAACCGUAUGAGAAUAGCCAUAACCACGGCCAGAGGCUUAGCUCACCUCCAUGUAUCGGCGAAACUGGUCCACGGAAACAUCAAAGCCUCCAACGUUCUCCUCCAUCCUAACCACGACGCCUGCGUCACUGACUUUGGACUUAACCCGUUGUUCAGCAACACAAACCCGCCUAACCGUUUGGCGGGUUACCGAGCUCCCGAGGUUCUCGAGAAUCGGAAAGUGACGUUCAAAUCAGACGUGUACAGCUUUGGCGUGUUACUGCUCGAACUCUUGACGGGUAAGUCGCCUAACCAGGCUUCACUUGGGGAAGAAGGCAUUGAUCUACCGAGAUGGGUUCAGUCAGUGGUUAGGGAAGAAUGGACGGCCGAGGUUUUCGACGUGGAGCUAAUGCGGUAUCACAACAUCGAGGAAGAGAUGGUUCAGCUUCUACAGAUAGCAAUGGCGUGUGUAUCGACAGUUCCUGAUCAAAGGCCUGCGAUGCAGGAAGUGUUGAGAAUGAUUGAGGAUGUGAACCGAAGCGAGACCACGGACGAAGGGUUAAGGCAAUCUUCCGAUGACCCGUCGAAGGGAUCGGAGGGUCAGACGCCACCGGGCGAAUCAAGGACUCCACCUCGCUCCGUCACGCCGUAGGGAACUCUCUGGUCUCAGAUGGGUUUUAGCGUCAGAAGAGGAAAAAAACGACAGGCUUUUCUUUUGUUUACUCCGAGAAAAGAAGAUUAGGAAACGACGUGGUGUGGGGUCUUGGUCCGGUGAAACGGAGAGCAGUGCAGAAAAAAGCAAAAAAAAAGGAGGGAUCAUGUGCAGGGUUUGGCAUCUCCGAAACGUUCUUUUUGUUAUUGAUUUUUAUUUUUUAUUCUUAAAAAAAUUGAAAUCUUUUGGCUUUUUUCCUUUUUAUAUUUUAAUUUUAAUUUGAAUUUGAAUUUUUAUUUUUCCUCCUUUUUGGUGUUGGGGUGUGUGGACAGGUUGUAAUCGGACCCAAUUGCUGAAUUUUCUUUUUCUUUUUUUUUUGUGUUUAAAAAAUACGAGAAAGAGCUGUCCAUUUG